AUGUUUUCCAAUAAUUUCAACGAUCAGUUAUAUUACAUUAGCCCAAUGCAAGAAGAGGGUUGUCCAUAUGGAGUUAGGGACUUUUCGAGAGACCAACACAAUGAAUACUUGAGAGAGUAUGAGUUGAGGAGAGCUCUUGAGCAGCAGGUGAGACAACGCCAAUUGCAACAGCUUAGAGAGUACCAAAUCCAGGAACUCAGAGAGCAGCAGUUCAGAGAACAAGCCUAUAGAGAGCAACAACUCAGAGAGCAAAGGCUUAGGGAACAACAGCUUAGAGAACAACAGCUUAGAGAACAGAGGCUUAGAGAACAAAAAAUUAGGGAACAGAGGCUUAGAGAAGAAAGAAUCAAACAACAAAGAGAAGAAGAGGCCAGACAUGUUUCAAAUCAGCUCUUCUCCGGGUACAUUGAAUCUCUUAAUCAAUACUAUGAAAAUGUUGAAAAAGAACAAAGAAAACAACAUAUCAAACAAGAGAAGUUGAACAAAAUUAGAAAAGAAAAGGAAGAAGAAAGAAGAAGAGCUGAACGAAAGAGAGCUGAACAAAAGAGAGCUGAAAGACAAAAAGCCGAACAAGAAAAAUCAGAGGAAAGAAGUCAGAGAGAAGAAGCUAGAGAUGUGGAGGUUUCCUUAAGAAAGGACUUCUUUGAUCAAUUUUUCGACGCCUUUGUUCAAGUCAACUCUAUUCCACACACCCAACAUAAUGAAUGUGCAAGAGCUUCCGAAAAAAGAGAAGCUCAGUUGAAACAGCAAAAAGAAAUUGAGGCUGCUGAACAAAAAAGAAGAGAACAAGAGCAAAACGCUAAAGAAGAAGCCUUCAAACAGGAAUUGUUAAAUCACUUUCUCGGUACCUUGGGGUUCCAACAAGUUGAACAAACAAAACAAUCGAACGUCGAAAGAGUAGACGAGGCUAAGAAACAAGCUGAGGCUAAGAAACAAGCUGAAGCUAAGAAACAAGGCGAAGCUAGGAAACAAGCUGAGGCUAAGAAACAAGCUGAGGCUAAGAAACAAGCCGAAGCUAAGAAACAAGCUGAAGAAGGAAAGCUGACCGAGGAAAUACAGAGAGAGCAGAUCAACCGUCUUGUGAAUCAUUUCUUUGGUGCCGUUCCAUUUGAAUAUGUGCCUCAGAAAACAGAUUCAAAGGAAGAAACUACCGAGAAACAUGAUACCCAAGAGCAAAACACAUCUACUGUGGACUCUGAUAAUGAAUCAGUAGCGUCCGAAAUAAGUGACUCAGCAUCCGUAUCCACACAAUCUACCUCAACUCUUGCCUCUCCAGAAUCAAAGUUACAUAAGCAUCUAUCGAUUGAAGAAGUUGAAGACGAAGAAUUUGCAUCAUUUAACAAGAAUUUUAGAAAGUAA